UUCCUUUAUUCUUUAUUUGAAAAACAAACAAAAAAGGGGGUUUUCCUGCUCCUACUGCAUUUCUUCAUGACGACCAAACACUAAUGUGUUCUUCAUAUGAAUGCACUUCUUAGCUGUUGAGUAAUGAGGCCGUGUGAGGAUGCAGCAUCACCAGGAUGCAGGGUCCUCCUCCUCCUCCUCCUCCUCCUCCUCCUCCUCCUCCGGCAACUGGAGAAAGCAUCUUCUCCCCGUGACGUCAUGACAGCAGCAUCAGCUGUUAGCUCCGCUUUAAGCCCUUUCGCUGCCGAUCGCUGUCUGCACAAAGGAAAUAUAUGAGAUCCCCUCCAAUCCCUGAAAUGGCGACACAGGAGGUACAGCUGAACGAGACCCUGACCCAUCUCAAAACGGAAUCGGAGACGCUGAAGACGAAGCUGGAGGAGGAAAGGGCGAAGCUGCACGAUGUCGAGCUACACCAGGUGGCAGAGAAGGUGGAAGGGCUGGGUCAGUUUGUCAUGAAGACCCGGAGGACCCUGAAGGGACACGGCAACAAAGUUCUGUGUAUGGACUGGUGUAAGGACAAGAGGAGGAUCGUCAGCUCUUCUCAGGAUGGAAAAGUGAUUGUAUGGGAUGCUUUCACUACAAACAAGGAGCAUGCUGUGACAAUGCCGUGCACCUGGGUGAUGGCCUGCGCCUACGCUCCCUCUGGCUGUGCUGUGGCUUGUGGGGGCCUGGACAACAAAUGCUCGGUGUAUCCUCUGUCUCUGGACAAAAAUGAGAACCUAGCAGCCAAGAAGAAGUCAGUGGCCAUGCACACAAACUACCUGUCUGCCUGUAGCUUUACCAACUCAGAUAUGCAGAUCCUUACAUCCAGCGGUGAUGGGACAUGUGCAUUAUGGGAUGUUGAGAGUGGGCAGCUGUUGCAGAGUUUCCAUGGACACGCAGCAGAUGUGCUCUGUCUGGACCUGGCCCCCUCUGAGACCGGGAACACGUUUGUUUCGGGGGGCUGUGAUAAGAAGGCCAACGUGUGGGACAUGCGUUCAGGACAGUGUAUUCAGUCCUUUGAAACUCAUGAAUCGGACAUAAACAGUGUGCGAUACUAUCCGAGUGGAGAUGCAUUUGCAUCCGGCUCAGAUGAUGCUACAUGUCGCCUGUAUGACCUAAGGGCAGACAGAGAAGUGGCUAUCUAUUCUAAAGAGAGCAUCAUAUUUGGAGUCUCCAGUGUUGAUUUCUCUCUCAGUGGGCGGCUACUGUUUGGCGGCUACAACGACUACACUAUAAAUGUUUGGGAUGUUCUCAAAGGGACAAGAGUCUCUAUUCUGUUCGGACAUGAGAACCGUGUCAGCACGCUGCGUGUAUCUCCAGAUGGGACGGCCUUCAGCACAGGUUCCUGGGACCACACUCUUCGGAUCUGGGCUUAAGAGUGAAGACACAGAGGAUGAAAUGGUAGACAGACCUACUGAAGACACACUGAUGUUUCUGUUUGCUAGAGUACAAUCACAGAGAUAGAGACUCAGACUUGGGUUGUACAUAGAGCAUAUCAAUAGCAUUGUAUAUACUCCAGUCUCAUGGCCAAGGGAGGUUUACAUAUUUCAGAGAUUAGUUAAACCAACUGGCACGCUUGUAUAACGGUAUGUUUGAAAGAAAAUUGCACAGAAGUACUAAUGGUUACAACUUAAGAUGUAAAAUGUAUAUUGCAGAAAAAAAAAUAUUGGUAGUGACUCGCAUCAGUCUAGGAUAGAAGUGACACAAUAAAGUGAUGUAUUGUAUGUGCCCACAUAAAGGACAUUACUUAUUUAUUUGUUUCUCUGCACAAAAGAUACAAGAGGGAUGCGUAUGUGGAAGUGAAUGGGAUACAAGGAAUCAAAUUCCAUCUGCUGGAGAAGCACUUAUAAAAUAGCUUCAGCUUUACUUGUCUACCUUUUACAAAAGAGAGCAGAAAGGAUUUUAAAGUUUGGGGUAAUGAGAGAUAGUCAGUUAGAUUGGCUUUUAAUAAAUGAUUCUAAAGCCAAUUAGAAAUAAUAUACAAAAUAAAGGAUCAUAAAAUAUAACGAGUAAAGUACAAAGUUUGUAGGUUAAAAAAAAAAGAUGCAAAUAGAUGUGUUUUAAUUCCACACCCUGUACACCCCAACAAGCCUUCUUUAUUCUUAACAGCAACUCACCUGCAAAUAUUAUUCCAAUAUAAAAAAAAAAGCACAUUCACAUAAACUAUAUUAAUAUAUGGUGUUUAUUGUCCACCUCUAUGUUUUUAAAUAAUGAUUUACAUCUCAUCUGUUUGUUUCCAGCCGUGGAGGCCUCUUAUUGCUCUUUGUGCACAUCCAGUCACUGCAGACACCCUGAACCUGUGGUCCCCCUCUAGAUAUCUAAAUACUGACAAAUUCAAACGUGAUUAAAUUCUUAGAAUGUACUCCUUUCAUGCAGUUGUCCAAUGGCUGUCAUUUCAUAUUUACUGUAAUUAUUCUAUUGUAGUUUAGUGUACAGUUAUACAAGGGACUGUUUAUCAAAGUAUAACAAACAUAAUAAACUGAGUUUUGAAUACCAAAA